CUCUGCACCAAUGGAUGACCUCCCCUUAUCCAAACCCCUUAUCCGCCCCACUGCACGCCCAGCACAAAAGUAACUCCACUAAGAACCAGAGGAGAGAAGCGAAAGAAAGAAAACCAUGGCAGCCACCUCACUUCAAGCUCCGGCGACGUUAAUGCCUUCCAAGGCCGGAUAUCCGGCGAGGUCUGUUUCAGGUUUGCAGCUAAGGCCAGCUCCGCAGCAACUCUAUAAAUCUUUUGGACUUGAGGCGGCUGGCGGCGGCAGGGUUAGCUGUACCAUUCGCUCCGAUCUUCGUGAUAUCGCCCAGAAGUGUGCUCACGCCACCAAGCUCGCCGGAUUUGCGUUGGCUACCUCUGCCCUCCUCGUCGCGGGCGCGAACGCGGAGGGGGUACCCAAGCGGCUGACCUUCGACGAGAUCCAGAGCAAGACGUAUACGGAGGUGAAAGGGUCGGGAACUGCGAACCAGUGUCCGACCAUCGAGGGCGGCGUGGAUUCCUUCGCCUUCAAGCCGGGUAAGUACUACGUGAAGAAGCUGUGCCUUGAGCCCACCUCUUUCACCGUCAAGGCUGAGGGAGUCAGCAAGAAUGCCCCGCCUGACUUCCAGCCCACAAAGCUCAUGACCAGACUCACCUACACACUCGACGAGAUCGAGGGGCCACUGGAAGUUUCACCCGACGGAUCUCUCAAAUUUGAGGAGAAGGAUGGCAUCGACUACGCUGCGGUCACCGUGCAGCUUCCCGGCGGUGAGCGUGUGCCAUUUUUGUUUACUGUAAAGCAGUUGGUGGCCACCGGAAAGCCGGAGAAUUUUGGGGGGCAGUUUCUGGUGCCCAGCUAUCGGGGAUCGUCGUUUCUGGACCCAAAGGGAAGGGGAGGGUCCAGUGGGUAUGACAACGCGGUGGCUUUGCCGGCAGGAGGAAGAGGGGAUGAGGAGGAACUUACUAAGGAGAAUAUAAAGAGUACUGCUUCUAGUAGUGGGAAGAUCAGUCUCACUGUGAACAAGAGCAAGCCGGAGACAGGGGAGGUUAUUGGGGAGUUUGAGAGCUUGCAGCCAUCUGACACAGAUCUCGGUGCUAAGGCGCCCAAGGAUGUUAAAAUCAAGGGCAUUUGGUAUGCACAGCUUGAGUCUAAUUAACUGCUAGCUUGUAUAUAUGUAUGUUGUUCUGUUAAUGUUCCCUCUCUCUCUCUCUCUAUCUCUCUCUCUCUCUCUCUGUGAGUUUUUUGGCCUGAAUUCAGCAGAAACUGAAAAAAGCUUAUGUUGUAUUUUCAUCAUCGUUAUUUUGAACUGAUGAUUUUGGUUGUUA